CACAGACACACACGACAAACCCCUCUGCAAAGAAAUGAAAAGAAUUACUUCUUUUAUACCCAGAACUUUGGCAACAUUGGAGAAGCAUGUAAUCCCGUCAUCUUCACCCGUACGAAUCAGUAAGCCAAAACCCAUUAAACGCACAAUCAUUCGCAAGCACAAGCACAAGAAACACAACAGAAAAGAUUUGUUCAUGAAACAAAUUGUCUCCUACCUUGUUUCUGAUUCUUAUAUGUAUAACCCUUUAGUUUCUCCUCAACCCGCCUUUGAUUUCCUUCCACCAAAACAGCUCUCCACUUUCACAGGAGGCUAUGGAGAUGUGGCUCUACCAAUUAGGAGGAGGAACAAGAAAUUGGUUGAGAAAGUUUUUGACUUUCUUGAAGCCGACUGCUAUUUGUAUUCUCCUUUGCUUACUAAUGAUCAUGUUUGUUCCAAGAGUCUUCCAGCAAAUCCAAGUUCAGGAACUUUCAAGACUCUCGGGGGAAGUGAAAGCACAGAAACACAGGGAAGACCUGUGGUUACUCGAACUGUAGCUUAUCGUGAAACAAUGAAGCACAUGUUUCGCCAGAAUUAUGGCACUAAACCCAUCCGAGGGGCAAUGCUUGAAACUGAGACAAAGAGAUCUGUGGAAUAAAUAUCGACAACUUCUGGAGAGAAUAUACAUGUGUGUGGUCUUUCAUGCAUAUAUGUAAGGAGACUAGAAUGCUGUUCUUAUAGUCAUCAUGUUGUAAUGUGGAUAGAUUUGGAUGGUUAGCGGUUUAACUGGUUUAAUCUAAUGUUCAUUUUAAUGAG